AUGACCCCUCUCCCUUUCUUUACCCCUCCCCUUUCUCCUUACCCACUCUCCCUUCCUGUACUGUACCCCCUCCAUUUACCUGUACCCCGUUCCCUUUCCGUUUCUUUUUCUCCUUCCCCCUCCUCCACCCCUCCCGUGGCCGCAGCUUCCUACUGCGAAUGCACACACUCCAUCCGAAUGGCUGGGCCUGCCAUGCGUGAGUGCAAUGUGAGGUGUGCGUAUGCGAUCUCCGCGUGUUCUUCCCCUACACCGACGCCCACUCCCUCACGGAUUCACCACCUUCUGCCCAAGGACUCACGAACCCUCUGGCGCAGGCGCACCGUUCUCGGGGCAACCUGUGCGGAAGCUGAUGACAUGGCGGAGGUGUGCAGGAGGCGGGUAGCUGCUGCUGGUUGCCCCAUGGCGGUGCUGUUCCCCCGCAGACGAGCAUCAGGAGGAAGCGAUUCGUUGUGGCUGUGGAUGGGGUAG